AUGUUCUCCGCCGAAAGGCGUCGAGGUGACAACAGCGUGUCGACUCUUGGAGUUGACACGCGCUCAAAUCAGAAUCGAGAAAGUUCUACGCCGCGUCGAGGUGACAACGGUGUGUCAGCUCUGGGAGUUGCAACACACUGCUCCGCCGAAAGGCGUAGAGGUGACGACAAAGCGUCGACUCCGAGAGUCGAUGUGACAAGUUGUGUGGACGGUUGCAAACGUCCAGCACUAAAACUUGCGUGCUGUCGUGCAGCCGGGCUGCACGAAGCAGGGCGCGAUCAAGCCGGGCUUGAUGAUGCGUGCCCGCGGGUACAAGAACCCGCCGGCGGUUGCCCACAGACUAGAAUGUCUGCCGGCAAUAUCAAGGAACGUUCGUCCAUGGCCGGGCCUGGACGAAACGCAAGUGAAUCAGGGAUUCACAAGAAGAAGCGACGGCGCAAGUACAAGACGUUGCGUAAGUCUCGGUCCGGGACCGGGACUCUCCAAGGUAUGUCAGCUGGGCAGACCCAAGUAGCAACAAUGGCUGUCGAGACGUUGAACGUCUUGACGCGGGCCUGUACUGGGUAUUUGUACGAGAAGAUGGAGUUGGAGAACCCUCCGACUCAUGCGUCG